GAGCGGGAGUCGGUUCCAGAGACUCAACCGGAACCAUCCGGCACCAAAAAAAGUGCACGCUGGAAAAGCCACAAAGCGAAAGGCACUUAAGCGAUGACUGAGGCGGCACGGUCAAUCCAAAAGCGGAUGCCGGUGGAAGAGUGCUUGUUGGCGUCGACUUGGGUUGACGUCUCCGAGCAUCUUAUCGUUGGUUCGGAGCAAACGAAGGAUGCAAUGUGGGAUCGUAUCGAGGAGAAGUUCUUUACGGCGAUGAACAAGGACGCCUCGUACCGUACCCGGGACCAAGUCACUUCCAAAUGGGGCCACAUCAACCGUAAAGUCCGAAAGUUUAUCGGAGUUUACGAGGAAUGCACUCAGUCCCAGAGGAGCAGGACGAACGACGCCGAUGUUCUCUGGCUUGCCACGACCCGAUAUCAAGAUGACAGGCACCAAGGCAAGGUGCCCAUGGAAACAACUCAACAAUCCCAAUGCCGGAUCCUCGAAGAAAAGAUCCUCCGUCGAGGUUGAGGUCGAUGACACUAUUGGUUCAUCCGAACAAAGACUUCCCUUCAACGUUGACGAUUCUAAUGACGAGGACCCCAUUCUACGGCCGAUCGAAAGAAAGAAGAGAAAAUCCAUUGCCUCGGGGUUUGGAGGUCCGGCUCUCUUUCCAUUUCUUCUCACGACGAUAUCGGUCGGGCAAUGGUUGAACAACUUCGGAUGUUCAAUAUUCGAGAAGAAGAGAGGGCGAGAAGAAAGCAAGAGAAGGAAGAGAUCGAAAUAAUGGAAAAAGACCUUG